AUGUUUGCAAAUUACGUCAUAAAUCUUAGUGAACGUUUGGAAGAAAAUCUCAGCAAUUUUCUUUGCAAAUUUUAUGAAUCAUUUUACUUUGUUAAAUUUAGGCGUGAUAAAAAACUCGAUUUUAGUUGGAAAAUUUCCGUUUUCCUUCAUCUUUUCUGUUUAUUGGUGCUAAACGCACAAUGCGUAACAAAUUCAGCUGACUUUAGCAAACAUCCAAGUGUGAUGGUAAAUGUAGGAAAUAAGAAUAAGAACAAGAGAAAGACAAAACAAAUAAAAAUUAAUGUGACAGAAGAAAGCUUUGCUGCUUUCCUAUUUACGAUGAUUCGUUUGGACAAUUCUGAAUGUCCAUGGAGUUCGGGUUGCGUGAAAAUUUGUAAUAUAAGUUUGAUGAAUAAUGAAACAACUAGAUAUGAAACUGAAAACUCUCAACUUGAGAGUCUCAAGUGA